GUGCUAGUUCUCUUUUGCGGGGGAACCUUAAUCAUGCGCGAAAACCAGGACGGUUCGCUGGUCGUCAACGAUAAAGACAAGGCUAUUGAAUUGUUACUUAAUAUGGAGCCCCGCAUGUCGGAAAUUGCUCAACUCGAUGUACACUACAUUGACAAUAUCGACAGUAGCAACAUGUCCCCGGAACGUUGGGACGAAAUUGGCCGCGUCAUUUACGAUCACUACGAUGACUACGUCGGCUUUGUGAUAACGCACGGUACCGAUACCAUGGCGUUCACCGCUAGUGCGCUAUCUUUUGUGCUGGGCGAUUUGGGCAAACCCGUUACCAUUACCGGUGCGCAUAUUCCCGGGGGCCGCAUCGAGACCGACGCCCGACGCAAUUUCGUCAACGCCGUUAAAGUCGCGACGCUGAGCAAAGCCGGAGUCAUGUUGAUCUUUGAUGGCGACGUCAUUCUGGGUGCGCGGUCGCACAAACUAUCGGAAUCCAAGCUAGACGCCUUUGGUCCCAUCAAUUGGACACUUUUGGGUGAAAUCCGUAUCGACGUUCAUUUCAGCCAGGAUGCCAAAGAACGACACGACCGGCCAUUGCGGUUUCGCCCCGGCUUUGAAACCGAUAUCGCCGUAUUUACCUUGUUCCCAGGCUUUCCUCCCCGAGACAUCGAAAACGCCAUCAAGUGGGGUACCAAGGGAAUCAUCUUGCGGGGCUACGGGUCCGGGAAUAUUAGCUACAUGUACAUGGAUGCCGUCAAGCUUGCACAGACGAAAAAGAUUCCCAUUGUCGUUAAUACGCAAUGCCUCGAGGGAGCGACCUUGAUGCAUAUGUAUGAUGUCGGAAAGCAAGCGCUCGAUCACGGUGUCAUUCAAGCCUACGACAUGAGCACCGAAUGUAUCAUUACCAAACUCAUGUGGGCACUGAAACACGCCGAUAGCUACGAGCAAAUCCGCGGCAUUAUGCACACCAACUAUACCGGUGAACUC